UACACAUUAGUUUCAGGUGUCACUAUUUAGGGAUAUUUUAAUGGGCAGAUCCUUGUAAAUCUCAUGAUAGUUUCAACUGAUAUGUUCUCUGAACAUUGCUUGCUAAUCUGUGAAAGUUUAGAGGAUGAUGUAGCAACCACACGUCUUGAAAGAGUGAUUUUGAAGCGUCCAAGUAACGAUUUCAUUACCCAAGUGUUACUUCAGUUCCUGUGUUUCUGUUCAUAAUCAUAAUCAUGAUUUUCAGCAUGAGAGCAUACCUGUGUUGGCCAAUCCUUUUAUUACUUGUUUAUAUGAUUUACUAACUUUGCCAUUGAUUCAUUUGUCCUUUAUUUAAAUGCUUAGAGUUCUGUGUUCAUUUUGACAUUAACUCUGUGUAUGUCUUAUAAAAUGUAAAUCUUUUCCCCAAGUACUUUUGUCUAUUGAUGUUAUGAUAUCCUUUUUAAAUCCUUCAGAUGUUUUGAAAUGGUAAAAUACAUCAAUUUGGGAUUUCAUUUAUUAGUUAAAAGGAUUCUUGAAUGUAGCCAGUCAUUUCUUUUAUUAACUGGGGAGUAAAUAUAAAUCUUGCUUUAGUUUUAUAUUAAACCUAGUCCAUUAAAACAUGUUAUAUGUAGAAUCUGCUACAGGUACAAUUGUACUAACUUCCAGAUGGAAAGCUGGUUGCAGCAAACUAUUUUUUUAAUAUGUUUUUUCCCACAUAUGUCUUUAAUUUCUUGUCUCUCUAUUGGUCUGCAGAUUGCUGAGCUUACUAAGCAUGUUUUUUAAUCAGCCUUGAAUUCUUGGAAUUUCUGAGGGUACUGGAAGAUAAUAAAUUGUAAAGCAUAUUUGUUGAAUUAACAAACAGAUUCUAUUAAGGCUUCAGGAAGUCACUAAUAAUAAUUACAUUUGUAACUAAUCUUGUCCUGAACUCUGAAAUAAGGACAUGCAAAAGGACAUAUGGAACAUAGGAUCAAUGUGACUGAGUUUGUCCUCUUGGGGCUCACUCAGAGCCUCCAAGGUCAGAAAAUAUUAUUUGUUGUGUUCUUUCUCAUCUACAUUGUGACAAUGCUGGGGAACCUCCUCAUUGUGGUGACCGUGGUGGUCAGCCCAACCCUGGAUUCCCCUAUGUAUUUCUUUCUUGGUUACUUAUCUUUUAUGGAUGCUGUGUAUUCAACUACAGUCACUCCAAAUAUGAUUAUAGACUUACUCUGUGAGAAGAAAACCAUUUCCUUCCAAGCUUGCAUGUCCCAGCUCUUUCUAGGGCACUUGUUUGGUGGUGCAGAGAUUUUACUCCUGGUGGCCAUGGCCUAUGACCGCUAUGUGGCCAUCUGCAAACCCUUGCAUUAUUUGACCAUCAUGAAUCAACGGGUGUGUGUUUUGUUGCUGCUGCUGGCCUGGGUUGGAGGUUUUUUGCAUGCUGUUGUUCACCUUGUCUUUGUUUACGACCUUCCCUUCUGUGGUCCCAAUGUCAUUGACCACUUCAUCUGCGACAUGUACCCAUUAUUAAAACUUGCCUGCACUGACACUUACGUUAUUGGCCUCACUGUGGUUGCCAAUGAUGGGGCAAUCUGUGUGGUCAUCUUUACGGUCUUGCUCAUCUCCUAUGGGGUCAUUCUGCACUCUCUGAAGAACCUUAGUCAGGAAGGGAGGCGCAAAGCCUUAUCCACCUGUGGCUCCCACAUUACAGUGGUGGUCCUCUUCUUUGUCCCCUGCAUCUUCAUGUAUGUGAGACCUCCUUCUACCUUACCCAUUGAUAAAUCCUUGACUGUAUUUUACACAGUUAUCCCACCUAUGUUGAACCCCCUAAUCUAUACUCUGAGAAAUGGAGAGAUGAAAAAUGCCAUGGAAAAGCUCUGGACCAGAAGAAGAAAAUGAGGCAGAAGAGAAAUGUAUCACCUCUUUUCAGUGAAUAGUUGCUCCAUCCAGUAAAGAAUUAUUUAUUGAUAGUAAGUUUCUCCUGAGGUUUAAA